AUGAACUUCAUUUCGAGUGCUUUAAGCUCGCUAACUGGAACUUCCAUUCCAUACACUAUUGGCGAGAAAGUAUCAUCGCCACUUCCAGAUCAACCAUUUUCAGUAUGGACUAUUUACGAUGGUACAGAUCCCAAAAAAGACAACUCACCGGUAACAAUCUUUGAAAUGAACCUUCAGGAACCUUCCAAUGUAAGAAGUGACUUUGUUUCGCUCGCCAGAAACGCGUUCAAAAAACUGAAAUUGGUAAAAUUUCCUUCGAUCCUUUCAAUAAUUGACUACAUUGAAAACGAUAACUUCAUCUAUAUUAUUUCCGAGCCCGUGGUACCUUUGUUCAAAUAUUUUGAUACCCAUGCUGACCGUAUAUCCAAAGAUGCCCGAAUUGCUGGAAUUUAUACUGUCGCUGAGGCACUAGCAUUUAUCAAUACUAAAGGUAAUUGCAUACAUGGCAAUUUGAAUUUCUACUCGUCAGUGUUUGUCAAUCCUGCUGGUGACUGGAAGUUAUUUGGCUUUGAGGUCUUGACGAAUUUAACGUCCGACCCUGACCAGCCUAUUUACAGGCUUGCGUCGCGAGCGCCAGGCUUCCUGGACAACCUUCCAGACGAUGUUGACGGUCAAGGACUCGACUCAAUAAGGCAGUUUCCUUUCAAGUUUGACUCUUAUAAGUUUGGUGUGUUCUUAUACCAAGUAUUAAGUUGGACAACCAGCUCCAGUCGUACUUAUAAGGUGCAAGCUCUGCAACUAACAAGCUCAUCAGCUAUACCCAAAUCAUUGGCAGGACCGUUCAAGCGUUUGGUUAGCAAGAAACCAAACUUGCGCAUCAACAUUGACAAGUUUUUGGCCGAAUGUUCUUCAACUUUCGAGAACAACGACCUCAUAAAUUUGAGUAAGUUACUCGGAGACCUUGUGUUUGAAAAUGAAGAUAAGAAAUUGCAAUUCUACAAGUUCGAACUUCCACGCCAUUUUCCUGAUGAUGUGGAAAAUGUUGCUUUUCCACCAGGAUUCCUUGAGAACAAAGUGCUUCCGGAACUCCUUACUCAGUAUCAGAAUGUGGUGAACUUGAAGCCAACUGUUAAUUCAACCGUUGACUCACACCAACAAAAACAGGAUACUUUAUCCAUUCUCCUCAACUACAUUCUCAAGUUUGGUUGCUCUCUUCCUGAACCAAAGUUCAAUAAAGUUGUAAAGCCCAUUAUACUUCAAAGUUUCAGUUUGGGAGACCGCUCAAUUCGAUUGACGUUAUUGGCGCAUUUGCAGUCAUAUGAAUGUUUUCUCUCUGAAUCUGACGUUCAAAGCAAGUUGUUUUAUAACUUGUUGGGUGGCUUCCAAGACUCUAAUUAUAUGAUUCGUGAGACUACUUUGAAAUCCAUUACUACAAUCAUAGACAAGAUCUCCGUCAAGCAGGUCAACCAAGAUUUAUUGAAAGUCCUUGCAAAGUCACAAAUGGACCCCAAACCUUCUAUUCGGACUAAUACGCUCGUGCUCAUAAUCAAGAUUUCGGACAAAAUUUAUGCAAACUCCAGAAAUAAUGUUCUAGCUACAGCUCUUGCCAAGUCGUUGAGGGACACUUUUACUCCAAGCAAGUUGGCAGCCCUCUCAGGCUUUGAAACUCUUAAAGACCAAUUUACUCUAGAGGAUAUUUGCAACAAAGUUUUGGGUACCUUGGCAAUUGCAUUAAUGGACGUUCACUCAGUGAAGGUAAGGACUACAGCUAAGGAAGUUUUUGAUCUGUAUUUGCAAGUUGUCGAAAGGCAUGCUUCGGGCUUACCCAAAACAGAAAUUGACAGCAACGCUGAAGAAGAGGAGUUCUUCAGAAAGCACGCACCUACUGUUACACCUUCGAGCGACGAGACCAACAAUGCCACAAGCGGCUCUAAGACCGGCUUUGGAUGGAAGAUCGUCAACAAAUUGGUAUCAUCUUCGGAUAUGGACGGAGUACUCAAUCAUGAAUUCAACACUUCUACACCAGAUCUCACGAGAACCUCAAGCAAUGCAGAUGUUGGGACUACAAAUGGUUUAGGGUCUCAGAAUGCGAGACCUCCUUCUGUGGAACUCGAAGUGGAUGAUGGAUGGGGCUUCGAUGAUGAGGAUGCGGAGCCCGUAGUAACAGAGAGGGUAUCUCAAACUGCAACCAAAAACAAACCAAUGGUAAAGUCUACACGCAAAGAAAGCAUACUUAAAUUGGGCAAGUCUCUAAAAAACAAACAAAAACCCAUAACCAGACUCAAUAUCAAACUAGACGACGAUGAUGACAACGAUGGCUGGAAUGUUGAAGACAAUUGGUGA